CCUCCAUCAGCACCACACCAGCGCGCCCUUCCUUUCUUCUCCUUGCCGGCGUCUUUCACCAUGUCCUUGUCUGGUCCUUUCGCUGUGAUCUGUGUCCUUUGCUUUGCCUGCGUGAACGCGGUCAAGUGGAUCGAGGUGAACGAAGGGCGCAAUGAGAAUGGACAUCCCGGCAUCGGAUCAUCCUCUGACAUGGCCAUCCAUACUUGCACAACACCACGAGGCUCGAAGAUGCCAGCUUUUUAUGCUUCUUAUUCGCGUGAAAUAGGUCCACUUCCCAUUCAUGAUCCCGCUGAUGGCACACUCCUUUCUCCUGGGUAUAAUUAUGGCGACAUUGUAUGGAACACGGGUACGGCUCACACACACACACCGCCUGAGUGGUGGUUUCUCUCCUCACACGGCACGCGUAUGGGUUUGUGUGCGGUCUGUGUGAUGAUGCACAGGGUACGUUGGCUGCAACAUUAACAAGAGGUUCUGGGGGGUAAACGCCAGGUACACGCGUUCCGACAACUUCUACGAGACGAGUGAUGCUCGCCUGAAGACGAAUAUUCAAGACCUCCCUGCGGACAGCAAGGCCGACAUUUACGACAAAUUCGCGCAGAUUCGCAUGCGGACCUUCCAGUGGCAGCCAGAGAGCAUGCCCAAUGUGCCCGAGGAAGAACUCGCCGAAACGCAACUCGGUAAGCUGUCCAUGGUGUGGAUGUAAGAAAUGAGUCGGCCGACUCAUACCUGCCGGCCGGCCUGCUGCUUGCUUCAUGCCGCCAUGCUCUCUCUCUCUGGUCGAUGGAUGCUGCGCAGGUGUGCUGAGUCAAGAGCUUGCUGAGUUGUUCCCCGGGAGUGUCGCCCUGGACACCUCGGAAGCCGAGUUGUCCAGACCGAAUGGCACUGAAGCCAUCAAGGGCGAUGCCUACUACGUGAGUCUGUCAUCCCUCAUGUACAACAACAUGGUCGUCACUCAGCGCCUGCAGCAGGAGACUCAGCGCCUGCAGCAGGAGCUGGCCGACAUCAAGGCGCUGCUGGCUCGCGACGACAGCCCCCCAAUGCGCAGGCUCUUCGAGGCCCGAACUGACUUACUGAGUGAGUACUAGCCAGUAGUGAUUUUCCAUGUCAAAAUGAUAGGAUAAUUUGUCAGAUGCAUUAGGGGGCGGGGUGGGUGGGUAGGUAGGUAGGUAGAUUAGAUGUGCGUGCUAAUAAUGCAUGCGCUUUUCUACUACAACACGCGCCUGUCUAAUUGAAAUUGAUGCGAAGGUGUGUAUGGGGAAUGGGUUGCAUGCGACGUGAUACGCUGUUAGUGCUUUCUUUGCCUGGAGGGAGGGACCGAAUGUGUGCGCGCACGCUGCAUGAUCGAGUCUCUGCACGGGGGCGGGCGGGCAAGAGCUUCCCGACCCGUGGUGUCGGCAGCGUGCGUGCAGCCGUGUGAGUGGCAAGGUCAGACCUUGUGACUCUGCGGUAAUUCUUUUUGGUUGGCUGGCUGGCUGGACGGAUGGCUGUCCAUUCGAAUUCCUUGGGCGUCAGCGGUGGGUUUCUGUCUGUCUGUCUCGGUCUCUCUCUCUCGGCGUGGCUGAAUCCAUAUGUACGGAUGCCACACGAGGCUGCAGAGAGAGACGAGUGUAAGCAUGUCUGUCUUUUCUGUUGUGUCUGUGUGUUCUGUUGUGUUGUGUUGUUGAGUUGUGUUGUUGUGUUGUUGAGUUGUGUUGUUAAGUUGUGUUGUUUCUGUCGCGUGUGUGGGGUGGAUGGGGUGUCGAGUGGUGGGGGGGUUGACACGUAUGGGCACUGCAUGGUGG